ACACAGCAUGAAGAGUUGGAGGCUCUGUUUAGCUGCAAUAUGUUUCCAGAUAAAAACCUCCAGAGAGAACUUGCUUUAAAACUCAACCUACCAGCGUCACCAAUAAAGAUUUGGUUCAGGAAUCGGCAGUUCAAAAAGAGGAAGCAGCAGUGGCAACAAGAGCAGCAAUCACUGAAGCCACCGAACCAGGUCCUUCCAGCCAAGAAUGUGCCCACAGCAUCAACCAGUCCUCAUUCUUUUCUCCCUGCAGUUUCAGAUUCUUAUAGCUCCCACUCAUCUCAGCCCUUAGACCCUUUCCAUUGGGCAAGGGACUCUAUAAUCACUGAGAUUGCUACAAGUGAUGUCCAAAUGCAAGAUCCUCAGUUGGAGAGGCUAGUGGCCUCAGUUCCUGCUUUGUACUCUGAUGCCUAUGACAUAGCACAAAUCAUGGAACUGUACAGUUUUCCUGAAAGAGCCAGCUCUUCUUUCCAUUCUCUGUAUCAUUAUCUCUCACCGACAAAGCCCAGUUAGAAGAGUUCCUUUCUUAGCCUCUUUGCUGAUCCAGCUGUAGGUUUAUCUCCUGGGCAAACCUGCUUCAGUAUGACAAGCUGGAGCUUUGCAGCCUACAGUCUAAGAAACAGCCUGGAAUUCCAGAACCCCUUCAGUAUGGCACACUUUGGAGGUUGCUGA